AUGCUGUUUGAAAGAAGCUCUCCGGCGAGGUGUUUCAUGACACCGCCGCCGCCACCUUUGUCCUGGAAGUCAAGACCUUCACGUUCUCCCUCUAUGCCACUUUCAGAGAGAAAGAAAUCACCAAACUCUGUGAAUAAAAGUGAUCUUUUUCAUAUAAUUCACAAGGUUCCUGCCGGGGACUCACCCUAUGUUAAGGCUAAGCAAGUUCAGUUGGUGGAUAAGGAUCCCAGUAGAGCAAUUUCUUUGUUUUGGGCUGCCAUCAAUGCUGGGGAUCGUGUUGAAAGUGCAUUGAAGGACAUGGCCUUGGUUAUGAAGCAAUUGAAUAGAUCAGAUGAGGCAAUUGAAGCUAUCAAAUCGUUUCGUCAUCUAUGUCCUUCUGAUUCUCAGGAAUCUUUGGAUAACAUAUUGGUUGAACUUUUCAAGAGGUCAGGAAGGGUUGAUGAAGAGAUUUCCAUGCUUCAUCACAAGUUGAAGCAAAUUGAAGAUGGUGUGACUUUUGUGGGAAGGACAACGAAACAAGCACGAUCUCAAGGGAAGAAGAUUCAAAUAACUGCUGAGCAAGAAAUAUCAAGGAUACUUGGGAACUUGGCCUGGGCUUACUUGCAAAAAGGUGACUAUAAAAUUGCUGAAGAACAUUAUAGAAAAGCACUGUCUUUUGAGGUUGAUAGGAACAAGCAGUGCAAUUUGGCAAUAUGUCUGAUGCAUAUGAACAAGAUCACAGAAGCUAAGUUUCUACUUCAGGCAGUGACCACUGCGUCAAAGAAUAGAAAGAUGGACGAUUCUUUUGUCAAAUCAUUUGAACGUGCUACUCAGAUGCUGGUUGAGAUGGAGUCAUCACCAUCAGGGAAUGCAGCAUCAUCUUCAAUGAGGAGUAUGUCACAGUGUUCUCCACUAAGCUCUGAGAAUUCAAUUGGAAAGAACUCUGAUAUUGUCAAGAGUAGGACAGAAAACCGGUCCACAACAUCGGAGGGCGAAGUAUCUCGUGCCAGGAGAAGAUUGUACCAGUCCCCUGAUCCUGCUAGAAGAGAUCUACAUGUUACUAACACAAAAACAAAAAGAUGUUCAUGGGGCUUCAAUAAUGGAUAUAGAAGGGAAACUUGGGGAGAUAGAGAUGUCCAUUCAGAUCCUAAACCUUCAUUUGGAAGUACUUCUGGUGAUAAGAAUGACUUAAUGCAGCUAAACUCAAAAGAAAAUGGUUUGUCUUCACCUGCUAAUGGAAAGUGGAGGGCAAGAACAUGGGAAGAUCCUGCAAUGUUAAAGCAUGAGGACACAGCAGUAAUGGGUUCUGAUUCACUGCACACUUCGAAUAAUACAGAAGAAGUUAUGGAGUUUUCAGAGAAGGAGGACAUAUCUGCCGUAGAUGAGAGUAACUGUGGGUCCUUACUGUCAGAAUCACAUGAAAUGGUUGUGAAUGGUGCUCAUGAAUUUGCUUCAGGAAACAAACCACUUGAGAAGAAGAGUUGGGCAGAUAUAGUAGAAGAAGAACAAGAUGAAGAAGAGGAGGAGAAAAGGCUUGAAAGCACGCUCAAGCGAGCCACAAGAAAUAUGAAUCAUGACUCGCUUAAGCUCAGAAUUUUGCUUAAGCGAUUUGUAUUUAGCUUAAGCCCUGCCAAGCGAAAUUAA